AUGGUAUUUAGAGUACAAGCUGAGAUUCAACUAACCAUGAGCCUCUUGCAUUUUCGCUCGACAAUACACAGAUCCUCUUUCAUUAUACGCAAACUGAUGUCUACAAGUACGCAGCCUGGUCCUAUUGAAGCUUGUAUGACCGCAAAACUCAAGGAUCAAUUUAAACCUACUUCGUUAAAAAUCAAAAAUGAUUCUCACAAGCAUGCACAUCAUGCGGGGAUUCGAGGAGCGACAAACACGACUGAAUCUCAUUUCCAGAUCGAGAUUGUGAGCGAUGAAUUCGAAGGCAAGAACAUGCCAACGAGACACCGUAUGGUCUACCAAUUAUUAAGUGAUGAAUUGCAAAAUAAAGGUGUUCAUGCUUUGCAAAUGAAAACGAAGACUCCAGCCGAAUUCAGUAAGACAAACCAGUAA